AUGAAUAUUGCAAGAUUAAAGGGAGAACUUUUUAUGGAGCACAGCAAGCAUUGGCUACUGCCUGGAAAUGAACAAAUACCUUCUUCACAGACGAGGAGGCCACUGCUGCACUGGGGCACGCCUGAUUUGGACAGUCUUCUGACAAAGCCAUUAAAGGACGUCUCCAAUGGCGUCAAACCCUCCAAAUCUGUGAAGAAGAAGAAGGCACCAGAAAACGAAGAUACAGUCGGAGGUGAAGCGCUCGAUAGCCUCCUCCUUGUUCACUCAGAUCUGUCUGCUCUCAUUCAUCAGGUUACAAAAUGUAUCGAGAUUGGAUUGCCAGAGCUCAUAUUUCUAGUUAUUUUUUCCCAGUUUAUACCUCAUCUAAUGAGUGGGGAGAGGCAUGUCUUUGACCGCUUUGCUGUUAUAUUCUCGGUGGUGAUUGUUUGGAUUUAUGCUCACCUACUUACUGUGGGUGGGGAAUAUAAGAACUCACCUAUGAAAACUCAAUUAAGCUGCCGAACAGAUUGUGCUAGACUUAUAGGUGCUGCUCCAUCGAUUAGAGUGCCAUAUCCAUUUGAAUGGGGAGUUCCCACAUUCUUCUUUGCGAAUUUAUUGAUCUCUUAUGUACUUUUGAAAUGUCAACAGUCCACUGGUGCCUUCAUUGCUGUGUCAAGGCAUGCAAGUGCAACUCCUUUGCCACCUUCUAUUCUCAGUCGCGGAGUUGGUUGGCAGGGAGUGGGCAUAUUGUUCUCUGGAAUAUUUGGAACCGGGAAUGGAUCCUCGGUAUCAGUUGAAAAUGCUGGUUUGUUAGCAUUGACACGUGUUGGCAGCCGAAGAGUUGUGCAGAUAUCUGCUGGUUUCAUGAUAUUCUUUUCCAUACUUGGGAAAUUCGGAGCUGUCUUUGCCUCAAUCCCAGCACCAAUCAUUGCUGCUCUGUAUUGCCUUUUCUUAGCCUACGUGGGUUUUGGAAAGAUCAAAUUAAGUGCAGUAGUUAUGCUUUUAAUUUCAAAGUUACGCACUCAAAGAAUGAGACUGAAGAACUCCGAAAGGGAAUCAAAAGCUCCUUCCCUGCAGAAUUGUGCUUUCACAAGAACAUUUUUACCCUGCAUUCUACCCCCUCUGUUUGCCCAGAGCACCAGAGCUUUCGCUUAUAAAAAUCCACCAACAUUUAAGCGUCUGGUAUGCUUUUCCAAAAGGUUUCAGUUUGUUGAACAUUCUUCUGAGAAUAUUAGGAUAUCCAAUUCAAACUUUUUUCCAUCAAAUUCAAAUAUACGAAUUUGGUGUGGGCACAAAUCGAAAGUUACAAGAAAGAUAAGGGAUGUGGGAAAAAAUUCACGUGCUGCCGCUCUUAUGAAGCCAGACAAUGUGAAAUCAAUGGAAGAAUGGAUGGAAUUUGUUAGAAAACGUUGUUCUAAAGAGUCCAAGAAAACUCGGAAUCAGGAUUGGGUCAUUGCAUGA